AUGAGCGUGCAAACUGAUUCAGAAAAACGGAAACAGAUUUCUGUUCGAGGAAUCGUAGCGGUAGAAAAUGUGACUGAAGUGAAAAAAGCAUUCAAUCGUCAUGUACAUUAUACCCUGGUAAAGGACAGAAACGUAGCGACUCCAAGGGAUUAUUACUUCGCUUUGGCCCAUACUGUAAAGGAUCAUCUCGUCUCUCGCUGGAUUAGAACCCAACAAUACUACUAUGAAAAAGAUCCUAAGCGUGUGUACUAUCUCUCGUUGGAGUACUACAUGGGACGCUCCCUCCAGAACACCAUGAUAAACUUGGGUAUCCAGGGCACAGUAGAUGAAGCCCUUUAUCAACUUGGUUUAGACAUUGAGGAACUGGAGGAGCUUGAGGAAGAUGCUGGCCUUGGUAAUGGUGGCUUAGGACGGCUAGCAGCUUGCUUCCUCGACUCUAUGGCAACACUUGGAUUAGCGGCAUAUGGUUAUGGUAUCCGGUACGAAUACGGCAUAUUCGCACAAAAAAUAGAGAAUGGUGAACAACAUGAGGAACCUGACGAUUGGCUACGUUACGGCAACCCGUGGGAGAAGGCUCGCCCGGAGUUCAUGCUGCCUGUCAACUUUUACGGUCGAGUUGUGGACACUCCUCAGGGAAAGAAAUGGAUCGAUACUCAGGUGGUAUUUGCAAUGCCGUACGACAAUCCUAUUCCUGGGUACAACAAUAACGUUGUAAACAGUCUGCGUUUGUGGUCAGCCAAGAGUCCCAUCGACUUCAACUUGAAAUUCUUUAAUUCCGGCGACUACAUCCAAGCAGUCCUUGAUCGUAACGUCGCUGAGAAUAUAACCAGAGUUUUGUAUCCGAACGACAACUUCUUCGAAGGCAAGGAACUACGUUUACGUCAGGAGUAUUUUAUGUGCGCGGCCACUCUGCAAGAUAUUAUCAGAAGAUACAAGGCAUCUAAAUUCGGUAGUCGCGAAGCAGUCCGGACCACUUUCGAAAGCCUACCUGAUAAAGUAGCUAUACAAUUAAACGACACCCAUCCUGCUUUAGCUAUACCUGAGCUACUGAGAAUCCUGGUUGAUAUUGAAAAUGUUCCAUAUGAUGAAGCCUGGAAGCUUGUCGUUAAAUGCUGCGCCUACACUAACCACACGGUUUUGCCAGAAGCUCUGGAGAGAUGGCCUUGUAGUAUGUUGGAAAACGCUUUGCCCAGACAUAUGGAAUUAAUAUACCAAAUCAACUUUUUGCACCUUCAGGAUGUUAAAAAACGGUGGCCCGAAGAUCUCGAUCGCUUGCGACGUAUGUCACUAAUAGAAGAAGAAGGGGAGAAACGAGUAAAUAUGGCCAACUUGUGCGUCGUGGGCUCUCAUGCUGUUAACGGAGUCGCCGCAAUUCACUCAGAUAUUCUCAAAAAGACUAUCUUCCGUGACUUUUACGAAAUGUGGCCUGAUAAAUUCCAGAAUAAGACUAACGGUAUCACACCACGUCGUUGGCUCUUGCUCUGUAACCCUGGACUUUCAGAUCUUAUCUGUGACAAGAUAGGGGAAGACUGGACGGUCCAUCUUGACAAAUUGCAAGGGUUAAAACGUUGGGCUAAAGAUCCCGCAUUCCAAAGGGCUAUUAUGAAAGUAAAGCAGGAGAAUAAGCUGAGACUUGCAGCCCUGAUUGAAAGGGAUACCGGUGUAAAAAUCAAUCCAGCAUCUAUGUUUGACGUACAAGUCAAGAGAAUCCAUGAAUACAAACGUCAACUUCUAACCAUUUUGCACGUGAUAACGUUGUACAAUCGUAUCAAACGCGAUCCUUCUGCUGUCGUCACUCCGAGAACAGUCAUGAUCGGAGGAAAGGCAGCUCCUGGUUAUUAUGUUGCCAAACAAAUUAUUGCAUUAGCUUGUGCUGUUGGGAACACUGUUAAUAACGACCCAGACGUCGGUGACAAACUAAAAUUAAUUUACUUGGAAAAUUAUCGCGUUACGCUAGCUGAGCGUAUUAUACCGGCUGCUGACCUCAGUGAACAGGUUUCAACUGCUGGUACCGAAGCUUCGGGAACUGGUAACAUGAAGUUCAUGCUCAAUGGGGCUUUAACUAUCGGUACCAUGGAUGGAGCCAAUGUGGAAAUGGCAGAGGAAGCGGGUGAAGAAAACUUUUUCAUAUUUGGCAUGAGAGUUGAUGAUGUUGAAGCUUUGCAAAAACGGGGUUACAAUGCGUACGAAUACUACGAACGCAACCCAGAACUGCGGCAGUGCAUAGAGCAGAUCCGCAGCGGGUUCUUCUCGCCGGGUGAGCCAGGUCGUUUUGCGAACAUCGCCGAUGUGCUUCUGCAGUACGAUCGGUUCCUUCAUCUCGCAGACUUCGACUCCUACAUUGAAGCGCAAGAGAAAGUCUCGGAGGUGUACCAAGAUCAAGCAAAGUGGGCAGAGAUGGUGAUCGAAAACAUAGCGUCCUCAGGAAAGUUCUCCUCGGACCGUACCAUUUCAGAAUACGCGCGAGAGAUAUGGGGGGUAGAACCAACCUGGGAGAAACUUCCCGCACCUCAUGAGACCGUUUAA